UCCAUUCCCUCCCAUUAAUCACAAGACAUCAAGAUAAGCAUGUUAUACAUUUAAUCAAGUUUACUCAAGAGUCUUUGGGAAGCUCUUUUAAAAGUCGUUGGUGAUCGACAAAGCAUUUUGAUGGUUCUGUUGACAGGUAGCCACCCUCACGAAGUUGUUGGACCACCCCUUCAGCUCCAAGGGUGAGCAUCCUUAUAGUGCAUGCAAUAAAUUUUUGGCCGAAUUCGUGAAAUUCGAGAUAGGUUUACUGUCUAAUCUCAAAAUGAUUGUCCUCUCCAGCUUUGUAGGCUGCCAGUUUGGACUUAGCGUACUCUAAUUCAGCCUACAUUGUUGCUCCAGGAUCGACAUAUCCUUUGUUGAUAAUUCCUUGGUUCGCUCAGCUAAUCUUGAGAUAUGAGAAAUCUUCAGUUCUUCAGGGUGGUUUUUUGUGUCAGGUCUUCUAGUACUUUGGCUUUUAUUGAAGUUUCUGCUCGGAGUCGGGAUUCACUAGUACUUAGCAGAAUUUUCAAUUUCCUUCUAUUCGCCUGUUGAGAAGCCAUCAGUUGUUGGGACUCUCUCAUAGUUUGCUCUAUAUCCAAGAGUAGCCCGACUUGGACGUUCACUUCUUUUUAUAGAUUGACCAACUUAGUGUUUGGAUUGGACAUGGAGAGCUCUAGUUCCUCUACACGUUCUCUUAGGAUCUUGUUAUCCCACUCCAAAUCCACUACUAGGUGGCUCAAGUUUAGCCCUGCAGUGUAAAAUUGAAAGAGAAAGAAUAACAUUGAGAAAUUUUACCUGUUUAGGGGGGUAAACUUGAAAACUUACUAUGAUGGCGUUUUGAGCAUAUUCGUUCGCGUGCUCGGUCAUCUUUUCACAUUUGUCCAGACAUCAAUUAGUGAGCCUUUUAAAGUCAAGGUGAGGCGGCAGUCAAAGUCAAGGUGAGGUGGCAAUCAGCGUGUCACCCUCAUUAGGGCUUAGCCCCUUACUCGACGCUAAGGCCUUCGAUAUAAGGACGACCGACUUAAAGGUCGGUCAUGCUUGAAGGAUCCAGUGCUCCACUUGUGAACAACCGGCCGACGUAAAGUCUGGUCGAAAUCAUGACCCACACCACUGAACUCUAUUAUAUACUCGGCCGACCCAAAGGUCGGCCUGGCGUAGCUAAGCAUAGUGUUCGCUCUCAAUAUAUGGCUGAAUGUCUCCAUAUCUGGGCGGUCUUAAUAGACCUUUCUCUCCAUUCAGUGCUAGAACAUACAAACUAAAUCCGAACGACCCUAAAGUCGAUUGAGCAUAUGAGGUUCAGUUUUCUACUUCUUCAAUAUUACUUUCAACUUCCAGAUAUCGUCCUACCGUGCAAUAUAACCUUUAGUAUAAAUCAGACCGUCACAAUGUCAGUCGUACCUACGACUCCGAGCACCUUGAUAUCCAACAUUCAGUUUCCCAUCAUACGGUUGGUUGGUCCUAGCACUGACCGAAUCUGCGAGAGCUGGCUCCUUGUUAUUUAUCAGAUCUCCAAAAUGAGCUUACGAGUAUAUUGUCGACCAAACUUAUGACAGGUCGGACUUAUGGAGUUUAACUCCCACUUCAAAGGGAAAAAUACAUAAGGUUAUGCCUAUUACAAAGCCGAUUAGACAUAAAGAGAGCUGGGAUAUCCCGUUCGUCCAAGUAUCCAUCCGGGUUAUAUUCCACGAGACAACAUUGUCGGGAAAUCCCAACAGAUUGUCAGAAUUACAGCUAUGCAUUCAAUGGAACCUUUUCACGAGGUGACUAUACAAUUUCUAUACAUAUAACAGAAGAUUCCUAGAAGGCUAACUGUACAAAUGCUACACCUUCCAUUAUCCGACAUCUUCUGACACUGAAUAUUCCUUAUCACUCAUCAUUGCGAGGUUAUCAGAGGUGAUAUAAAAGGGGAUCUCUCUACUAGAGUGUCGGAGGACCUACACGAUGGACCCCUUCCCUGGUUUUCGCCUAAUGUUCUGUUAGCUCGUUUGAGUGUGCGCAGAGAGGAGGAAGAUACUUGGAGCUCUUUUUCUGCUCCAGCUCAGCAUCGUUUUCCUCCCGUUCAAAGUCUUCUGUCGGUCAACCACAUCGCUACCUGCCUAGUGCACCAUCUCUUCUGGUUUCAGACAGGAUCAGCGACAAUACAUUUGCCACAAUUGUGUUUUGGCUGACAUCUCUCACCUCUGAAAAACAAAAUCUCAGUUGAAGAAAUCUCGUGCAGAUUACCUUGAAUUUGUAUGAGGAAUUGCUCAAGUCUAUUGAAGGAGGCCAAGGACUCACCUUCUUUCUUAACCAAUAGGCCUUUUGCUGGAAGCGAACAACCUAUUAAAGAAUGAGCUCUUGCAAAAAACACAAGAAUUGGAAAAAUAUAGGUCAGAAAUUAAAUCUUUAAGGUCUUCUGAGAUGUCUGCAAAUGACCAUUUGGAUGCGUACAAAACUAGUUAUUCUAAUUCUUCAGUGGAGCAUGAAGCAGAGAGGAGAUGGGUAGAAAAUCAUUCACCUUUGAAUCCUCAAGACAUGCUUGUGCUUCAUCAGAAUGGAGUUGCUGGAAGGGAGGAACAUCAUGGAGAAUCUGGCACAGCUAGUCAGCAGUAUUUUGAAAACAAGGUUAAAGGUGACCUGAGAAAAAUUCCAGGAGUAAAUUCUAGUUAUUGUGCUAGCUCAUCACAAUACUCAAUUCCAUCCUCCCAAUCCUUGUCUCCAAGCAGGCAUAAAAAAGAGGGAGAACAAGAUCAGAGAUUGGGUUCACCUGGAAAUGGUCUAGUACCAGUGUCUGAUCUCAAUUCAAAUAUUCUCUGGAAGCAGGAACUUAUGGUCAAAGUUAGAGAACAUGAAGAAGAGAUAGCACAGUUAAGACAGCACCUUGCGGAUUAUUCAGUUAAGGAAGCACAAAUAUGCAAUGAAAAAUAUGUCCUAGACAAAAGGAUUGCUUAUAUGCGAAUGGCAUUUGAUCAGCAACAGCAGGACUUGGUUGAUGCUGCAUCAAAAGCUAUUUCUUAUAGACAAGAUAUUAUAGAGGAAAAUAUCCGUCUGACAUAUGCAUUGAAAGCAGCUAAGACAGAGAAAUCAACAUUUAUUGCUUCUUUAGUGCCCCUUCUCUCAGAACAUGAUCUUCAGCCUUCUGUGGUUGAUGCUCAUUCGAUCAUCAGUACACUUAAGGUUUUGUUUACACACAUGCAGCAGAAACUCAUCAUUGCUGAGGAAAAACUAAAAGAAUCACAAUAUCAAAUAGCUCCAUGGUACUUGGAUGCAUCAAAUGCAGACUUUCCUGCACAGUCACCUUCUCAUCCACCGCUGAAUCCACAUGCCAAGUCUCCAAUAUCUUCUCCUAAUUUACAAACAAGACCUGAUCGGGAGACUGUUGGGAACCAAAACCAGCAAGUUGGUCCAAGCAGUAUUCCUACAAAGAAUGAAAUAAGCACUCCUUUCAUGAGGGAUCACAGAGCUCAGGAUGCUUCAGGUCAAAUAAAUGCUUCACGUCUUAGUUUUGAGUCUAGAAGUCAAAAUCCAUCUUCCAAGGUUCCUGGUGGAAGUUCCCAAACUGAUGAUCCAGCUACAGUUGCUAAUCAUGGAAAAGAGACUUCUGUUCAUUGGGCUCCUAGAAGCUCACCUUAUUUAACUACAGGACAGGAUGAACAAAAUGUGUAUCCUUACCUUCCUACAGUCCUGGAGGAACCUGGUUCUUCAUUCUCUGAGGAUGAUGAUCCCUUGCCGGCGAUAGAUGGUCUUCAAAUUUCAGGUGACGCCUAUCCUGGAAAUGAACUUCUUGCAAGUGGUUACUCAAUCAACGGAACAACUACUUGUAAUUUCGAGUGGGUACGUUAUUUAGAAGAUGGAUCCCUAAAGUUUAUUGAAGGUGCAAAACAACCCAAAUAUUUAGUUACUGCUGAUGAUGUGGACUCAUACCUUGCUAUUGAAGUCCAACCCUUAGAUGACAGGAAGCGGAAGGGUGAACUUGUAAAGGUUUUUGCCAACGAGCAAAGAAAGAUAACUUGUGAUCCUGAAAUGCAAGAUCAAAUUGAAAGGACUUUUUCUAGUGGGAAUGCAUCAUAUGAAGUGUCAUUAUCAACUAGGUUUCUUGAUAUAUGGGAAACUGCUAUUUUGGCCAUAAAGAGAGGAAGCUACAGCAUAAAAUGUAAUGGCGGUGUUGUUCUAGCAGAGAAGUUUCAGUCAAAUACUACUGUCUCCAUUCCAUAUGGACACCCUACAGAAUUUUUUAUUCAGGAUGCCAACGCCAACGAGUAUCUAUUAAGGACACAGAGCAGCGUGUUGAGAGACACCAUUGUUCUUACAUUGAGAUUAUUCCAAAAAGUGAUGGCUGGUGAGAAGAGGAGAGGGAGGAAGAAGGGAAUAUUUUUCUAGUGCGAUAGGACACAUGAUUUAUGUAUAUUCUUUUUGGCAUUGUGCACGGUGUAUUCGAGAAGAAAGGGCAUUCACUUCACUCUGUUGUGUCUAGUAAGGGGGAGCACUCCCUACUUAAUACCUUCAAAUAGAUCUUUGUCAAGAAGGGACAAUUUUUCAAGUAGUGUGUGCGCUAGGACAAAUGAUGAUUGAUGUAUAUUGCUUUUGAUAAUCAAAAUGCAGGAAAGGGAAUUAAAACUGCCUGUC